AUGGCGACCUUGAAAAGUCUUCACUACCAGAGGGGCAGCUUCAAGGGACAACUCAAACGUCUCGAGGACACUCUCACAACAAAGCAAGACCUUUGCCUAGACGAGCUUCUUGUCUAUGAGAAGUCUCUGGAGGGCAUUAUCAGCAAAUUCGAGACCAUCCAGCAACAGAUCUACAAUCUUCCGGAACUUUCUCAAGACUCGUAUCACACCGAACAUGAUCACGAAUUGGAGUUUCAGGAUCGCUCUCUCAAAUUGCAAAUCAAACUCAAAAUUGAGAUACGCCAACGUACGGAGCAUGAUGAGUUCCACGCUGCUUCCAACGAGAGCAUUGUCGGCAAUGAGUCAAAAAAUGAAAGCCUCGUAAAGCUCAUGGAGGAGAAUCUUAAGAUGAAUCGCUCUAUGUUUGACUCAUUUCGAAACAACAGCAUCAAUCAAGUGAAAUUGCCUCAGCUGACCAUGCCCACAUUCACAGGCAAUUACGCUGAUUGGUCAUCCUUCAAGGAUUCUUUUUCCUGUACAAUUCACCAAAACAAAGGGCUUUCAAACGUACAAAAGUUCCAAUAUCUGAAAGCUCAACUGAGCGGUGAGGCCGCGUCUAUCGUCAAGCACAUUGCGGUCACUGACGACAAUUAUCUCUUGGCUUGGAACUUGCUUGAGGAACGGUUUGAGAAGAAGCAGAGUAUUGUCAGCCAAUAUUUGCGCACCUUCUUGGAACAAUCAAGUGUCCCGGAUGCAAAUCCAAAACUUCUGCGCAGCUUGUACAACACAACUCAUGGAGUUAUACAAGCACUUGAUGCCAUGGAUUGUACCGAUCGCGACAUUUGGCUUAUCCACAUCCUACUCAACAAGCUCGACAAGGAGACCAAAACUCUCUGGGCCAGAGAGACCACCUCAUCCCAGAUUCCUACACUACAACAAUUCAUGGAGUUUCUUCAGCGGCGUUGCGAUGCUCUCGAGGUUAUCUUCACCAAAGACAGUGACACUUUUUCGGCCAAAAAAUCCAAGGAUUCCAAACCAGCGAAGCCUGAUUCAAAAGCCGCACCGAAAGUCAGCUACACUGCCACUAACGCCAAGAAAUGCAUCAUUUGCGCCCAAGGAGCCCACAAAUUGCAACAAUGUUCCAAAUUCACGAGUUCCACUCCACAGCAGCAGCUGGAAUUAGUGAGAGCGAAUAAACUUUGCACAAAUUGUCUGCGAGACUCUCACAGCAUUGAUUCUUGCCAAUCAUCAAACUGCAGGCGCUGUGGUUCACGUCAUCACACUCUGCUUCAUGAAGCUUUCAUGGGAAACUCCUCCUCAGUUCAGCAGCAGGUUCAAACACCUCAAACUGGGGGCCAGGCAGCCACUUCCGGAACUUCAUCGGUGCCACAAACGGCACAACCCAAUCAACAACAAGGGGCACUUACUACCGCGCUCGUGAGUCACCCUGCUAUUGCACAGCACACCCUGCUGCCAACAAUUUCUCUUUUCAUUACCGGGCGUGAUGGAAAAACACAUUCAUGCAAAGCGCUGCUAGAUUCGUGCAGCCAACCCAAUUUUCUCACAAAAAGGCUCGCUGAAAAGUGCCGACUGCCAAUCCACACACAGCCAAAUCAAACAGUAGUUGGUGUUGGCAAUCUUUCUACCAAGAUCACGCACGCUACACGGGCCACAAUCAGCUCAAAUGACUUCAAGUUCUCAACCUCAUGCGAGUUCUCCGUCGUGGACAACAUCGUUGGGAAACAACCAUCAGUCACCAUCGCCACUGCUUGGGAAGUCCCACCGAACGUACACCUUGCGGAUCCUCAUUUUGCAGUCCCAAGUGUCAUUGACAUGCUCCUUGGUGUUGAGGUUUACACAAAAGUCAUCCGCCCUGGGAUAAUCGAGGGCACUCCCAUUCUAUUCGAAACACUUUUCGGGUAUGUGGUUGCAGGCAAUUGUCCCAUUUCCCAGGCAAAAUCGAGCAUCAGCUGUCUCUGUACGUUGCAAGAGUCGGACUCACUUAACGAACAAAUUGAGCGCUUUUGGAAAAUUGAGGAGCCACAGUCUACAAAGCCCCUCCUCUCCAACGAGGAAAUUGAUUGCGAAGCCCACUAUUCGCAACACACUCGUAGGGACGAACAUGGCCGAUACGUCGUCUCUCUCCCCACCAAUAAAAACGUGCAUCUUUUGGGUGAUUCUUACGAGAUUGCAAGGAAGCGAUUUCUUUGCAUCGAACGCAAGCUCAUGAAAAAUCCAGAACUGCGCCUCCACUACGUCAAUUUCAUGACUGAAUACGAACAGCUCGGACACAUGAGAUUGAUGCCCCCGGAUUAUACCUCACCUCAACCGGCUGUAUAUCUUCCUCAUCACCCUGUCGUGAAGCUCUCUUCGUCAUCUACCCCAUACCGCAUUGUCUUUAACGGCUCUGUGAAGACAACUAGCGGAAAGUCACUCAAUGAUGCACUUAAAGUGGGACCCAAGAUUCAAGACGACCUCUUCGAUAUACUACUUCGAUACAGACAACACAACGUCGUGAUCAAGGCAGAUAUUCGCAAGAUGUUCCGACAGGUGAAACUCAUUGAGGAGGAUCAAAGUCUACUGCGCAUUUUCUGGAGAGAUGCCCCAUACAAACCUCUUCAAAUUUAUCUCUUGACAACCGUUACGUAUGGCACCGCAUGCGCGACGUACUUGAGCACACGAACUAUUCGACAGCUCGUGGAAGAUGAAGGUGAGCAUUUUCCAGCAGCCAAACAGGCACAAUCUGACUUUUACAUUGAUGACUUUCUUUCCGGCGCACCCACUGUCGAGGCUGCCAAAGAACUAGUUCAGCAAAUGUCAGAUCUCAUGCACAAAGGCGGUUUUCAUCUCACGAAGUGGAUGUCUAACGAUCCUGCUGUUCUCGAAGGCAUCCCCGAAGAGGAGCGUGAAGCCCAAUAUGUUGACUUUUCUGAUCUGGACGACUCUAUCAAAGCCCUUGGUGUUCGUUGGAAGCCCUAUACAGACGUAUACACUUUCACAGUCACGCCUACUGGUGAUGUAGUCACCAAACGCACCAUACUCUCAGAGAUUUCGAGAAUUUUCGACCCACUCGGAUUCCUCGCUCCAGUGGUCGUUACAGCCAAAAUUCUGAUGCAAUCUUUGUGGCCGUUGAAGACCGAUUGGGAUGCUGAUUUGUCACAAGAGGAUGAAAUUUACAACAAGUGGAAUUCCUACAAACAGAGUCUCCAGGAAGUCACACAAAUCUCUGUGCCGCGCAAAUUUACAUCUCAUUUCAACCCAAGUGAGUAUCAUCUUCUUCUUUUUUGUGAUGCAUCUGAGAAAGCCAUUGCUGCGUGUGCAUACAUGAUGACAAAGGAAGGGGACCAAAUCAGCUGCCGACUUCUGUGUGCCAAAACUCGCGUGUCACCCCUCAAAAAGACCACAGUGCCACGACUCGAAUUGUGCGCAGCAGUUCUCGCAGUGAAGCUCUUACAAUCAAUCCUAAGCGCUCUCAAACUUGACUUCAAAUCAAUUAGAGCUUUUUCCGAUUCUGAAAUUGUCCUCCAUUGGCUCGCAAAGGAACCCCAAAAGUGGAAAACAUUUGUCGCAAACCGUGUCUCGGAGAUUCAGCAGCAACUUCCACGCAAUCAUUGGCACCACGUUCCGUCUGAGCUCAACCCAGCUGAUGUGGCGUCAAGGGGCACUACUCCCAGUGAGCUAGCCAACAAUACUCUCUGGUGGCACGGACCAGAUUUCGCACUUCUUGAUGAUUCAUUCAAUGAUGGUUCACUCACGAAUGUCGCGGAUGAUGAACUCCUCGAGCAACGUGUCACAUGCGUUACAAGUGUUGUUUCGGACUUCUGGAAGAUAAUUGAUGAAUUCUCUUCACACACCAGAAUGAUUCGCUAUUUGUCGUACUGGAGACGUUACCUGCACAACCUCAAGGCACGGGUCAAGAGCACUCCUCCUGCAACAGGGCCUCUUACUGUCUCAGAGCUUACAGCGACAAAUUUGCUCAUCGUUUCACAAGUUCAGCGCCAGGUUUUCGCCAAGGAGUUUCUUGCCUUGAAAUCUGGGAAAAAGCUAACUACACCAUCACGCAUCAUCGAUUUGAAUCCCUUCCUCGAUGAAAAUGGCAUCAUUAGAGUCGGCGGAAGAAUUCAGAAGUCAUCGCUUCCUAUCUCAAUGAAGCAUCAAAUCCUGCUUCCUGACAAGCACCAUUUUACACGACUUCUCGCUGAAAAAACCCAUUUGGACACCUGCCACGGUGGUCCCAAACUGGUUGAGUACACAAUGAAGCAGCGCUACUGGCCACUUCGCGGGUACGACGUCGCAAGCUCCGUCACUCGAAAGUGCGUUCGCUGCUUUAGAUGCAAGCCUAAGCCAAUGCAGCAAAUCAUGGGCAACCUUCCCGCAGAUCGUGUUGUCCAACCUCGUCGUCCUUUCACAAAGGUAGGCGUUGAUUUCUGCGGCCCAUUUUACAUUAGGGCUCCUCUGCGACGUGCCACCAAAUUCAAGAUCUACGUAGCGAUCUUCAUAUGCUUCGUCAGCAGAGCCGUGCACCUAGAGAUGGUAACAGACUUGUCUUCCGAAGCAUUCAUUGCUGCUCUCACAAGGUUUACUGCUCGUCGAGGAAAACCUUCCGACAUCUAUUGCGACAACGCAACCAAUUUCGUUGGCGCUGCAGGGAAGCUCAAGGAAAUUCGCAAAUUCCUCCUGGAAAAGGACAAUCAAGAGAAAAUCAUCAAACAUGCGUCCGAAGAACAAAUCCAAUUCCACUUCAUUCCUCCGAGAAGUCCCAACUUUGGCGGACUUUGGGAAUCGGCAGUCAAGAUUUUCAAACGACACUUCUAUCGUGUCGCUGGGAAUGUGACUCUCACUUACGAGUCAUUCCUUACCAUCAUGGUGCAGAUAGAAAGUUGUAUGAACUCUCGCCCAUUGACUCCAAAAUCAUCGGAUCCCUCUGACUUGGACGCACUCACACCAUCUCAUUUCUUCCUUUUCGAACCUGCUAACGCUCUCCCAACACACGAUGUCUCCGAUGUUCCUACAAAUCGCCUCAAUCGAUGGAGAGUCAACGAUCAAAUUGUUCAGCACUUCUGGCGACGUUGGGCUCGCGAAGUUCUACUCAACAUGCAACAACGUCGAAAGUGGCAGAAGGAGCAACCCAACUUGCAACCUGGCGAUCUGGUCGUGAUGAUCGAAGACAAUCUACCGCCACUCACUUGGCUCCUGGGCAGGAUUGUCCUGAUUCAUCCCGGGGAAGACAAGAAGCACAGGGUGGCCACAGUACAAACCAAAAAUGGCCAAUUCAAACGUGCCAUUUCAAAACUCGCAUUGCUCCCGGUUACGGACCCUACUGAGCAGGAAGUUCAGAAUCCUACGGUUCAGCCCCGGGAAUAUGUUACGGCGCCAAAUGCCGGCACCGAAUGA